UUUCCGAGCCCAUUUACCAGUGAAACUACGCUGUUCGUUAUAUCCUGACACGCAUUACAGAAUUAAGCUUUGCAUAUUCCGCAGAGCAACACCCGACGUCGGUGCAAACGUUACCUACUCUGAUUACUUAUUCAAGUGAAGCAAUAAAUUACCCAGUUACCUACAGACACUUGCAAGCCGCACAGUUAUGUAACAGAUAUGCAAAACUAUAUCAUGUUCGUAGUAUACACCUUGAUGAUAAUAGUUGGAUGCGACGAGAUGGGGAAUAGAUCUCAAGCUAUCAUAUUAUGUUGUAUUAUGUAAAAUGUUCCAGUGGCUGUAGGUGAUCUCAGGUCACGUUACACGCAAGCCGAGAAAUUAUUUAAUUGCUACCUUCAGUCAUCUUAUUAAAAAACAUAUUUUGCAACAGAUUUCCUUAAUUGGUAAAGAUGUUGGUUUCGCCACCAAUAAUAGAAGAGAGAGAAAUUCACGAACCACUGUUUUGUGGACCUGGACCAUGUAACCUAUUGCCAUCUGUUAGACAGGCUCUAACUAAACCCGUGAUGUCACCAAUGUGCGAAGUUUAUUUUAGUGCAAUGGCAGAAAUCCGUGCCGGCCUAAAAUACGCAUUUCAAACCAAAUCAGAUCUCGUACUCGCAAUAAGUGGCUCUGGUCACAGCGGCAUGGAGGCUGUCAUCAAUAAUCUCCUUGGCCCUGACGAUACGCUUUUGAUCGCCAGCAGAGGUAUUUGGGACCAAAGGGCCUAUAUAAUGGCUACGAGAUACGGGAUCAAAACUUUCAAAACUGAAGUACCAAUAAACGCCACAUUCAGCUUUGAGCAAAUUGAAAAUGAACUGAAGAAACUGAAACCAACAGCACUUUUUAUAACACAUGGGGACUCGUCUACAGGAUCUGUACAGAAUUUAAAUGGACUUGGGAAAAUUUGUCACAAGUGUUUUUACAUUCCAAGAUACCAUCACACACAAAGUCCGCCAAUGGUGUGGGCGCUUAGAUGUUGCCUCAUGGAGUUAUGUAAGGAGACUCUGCCAAAAUCUUGGGCCCGCCACGCCGCUACCACAGCUCAUUUCCAAAAGAAAAUUCAAGAUUACGGAUUCGAAUUCUUCAUUCCGAAACCGGAGGACAGACUUGCAACCGUCACGACUGUAGUUAUUCCGAAAAGAUGCAAGAGUGAUGAAUAUUUAAGAUAUAUGCGGGAAAAACACGAUAUAGUUAUGUUUGGAGGCUUGGGCCCAACAGCUGGUAAGGUUCUACGUGUCGGAAUAAUGGGAGUUAACAGCCAUGUGGAAAUAGCUACGAAGGUUGCAAAUGCUAUGGCAGACACCGCGCGGGCCGUUAUGAAGAGUUCAAUAUAAUAUUUUUUGUAUUAGUCUAUUUGUUUGAUAAACUAUAUCCAUGUCCAUAAUAUUUUAUAACUUAUAGUUUACAUUUAGUUUCAAAAUUUGCCACGGUUCGGCGAAGUGACGCAGGUUUGAAUCCCGCCU